GAGUUUUAAUGGACGACUAUUUUAAACUCUUCCUAAAAUUAGUCCAAAAGUGUUGAUGACCAAAAUAUUCUCUUACUAUUAUGCUCAGAUUCCAAGUUUUCUUACCUUUCUCUAUCUUUGUUUAGAGCAAUAUCUCUGUGGCUUUCGUGUUAUGUUUUCCUCUUUGAGCUGUUCAACUACAUUUUAGCAUAUUGUAUAAUCAAUCCCCACGCCCCUCCCCAACACCACUCACCCACCCUCAACUGUCUUGGUCUUCCUACUACAGCUACCACCAUCAUUUUCUCCAUUUAUAUGAAUCUUUUUUUCCAAUAAACUUUUUAGUUGUGUUAUUUUUCUUAUUUUCUUGAAAGUUUUGGAGGUAAAGAUUAAUGGGUCUUGGUUGAUUCUUCAAUCUUCUAUAAAAAUGGUAUCUUUAUGGUUGUAAAAGCACCUAAAAUGGAUCUGGAAACAGGGGUUAAUCAGAAUCUUGUGAAGAGAGAAUCGUGGAGGACAAUAUUGACAUUGGCUUAUCAAAGUUUGGGAGUUGUAUAUGGUGAUUUGAGUACAUCACCUUUGUAUGUGUAUAAAAGUACUUUUGCCGAAGACAUUACACAUUCAGAGAGUAAUGAAGAAAUCUAUGGGGUUUUGUCCUUUGUGUUUUGGACAUUGACUUUGGUACCACUUUUGAAAUAUGUGUUCAUUGUGCUUAAAGCUGAUGAUAAUGGUGAAGGUGGAACGUUUGCUUUGUAUUCACUACUUUGUAGACAUGCUAAGGUUAAUUCAUUGCCUAGUUGUCAGUUAGCAGAUGAAGACUUAUCAAGUUACAAGAAAGAUAAUAUUAUUAGUCCUGCUCCAACUACUUUUGGGGCCACACUUAAAUCAACUUUGGAGAGAUAUAGAGUUUUGCAGAGAUUUCUACUUGUGUUGGCUUUAGUUGGAGCUUGUAUGGUUAUUGGAGAUGGCAUCCUUACACCUGCUCUUUCAGUUUUCUCAGCAGUAUCUGGCAUUGAACUUGCUAUUGGAAAAGAACAUCACAAAUAUGUAGAAGUUCCACUUACUUGUGUCAUACUGAUAGCCUUGUUUGCCCUUCAGCAUUAUGGCACCCACAGGGUUGGAUUUUUGUUUGCACCUGUUGUGAUGACAUGGCUUAUGUGUAUCAGUGCUAUUGGUGUAUAUAAUAUAGUACAGUGGGACUGCCAUGUGUAUCGAGCACUGUCUCCGUAUUACAUGUACAAAUUCCUGAAAAAAACUCAAAGAGGAGGUUGGAUGUCCUUGGGAGGGAUCCUCCUGUGUAUAACAGGUUCAGAAGCAAUGUUUGCUGAUCUAGGACACUUCUCCCAGUUGUCAAUACAG